AUGAUCCUACCACCCUGUCCCACCCCACAGAGACCUGCCAGGAUGAUCCUCCCACCCUGUCCCACCCCACAGAGACCUGCCAGGAUGAUCCUCCCACCCUGUCCCACCCCACAGAGACCUGCCAGGAUGAUCCUACCACCCUGUCCCACCCCACAGAGACCUGCCAGGAUGAUCCUACCACCCUGUCCCACCCCACAGAGACCUGCCAGGAUGAUCCUCCCACCCUGUCCCACCCCACAGAGACCUGCCAGGAUGAUCCUACCACCCUGUCCCACCCCACAGAGACCUGCCGGGAUGAUCCUCCCGCCCCCCAGAGAGACCUGCCAGGAUGAUCCUCCCACCCUGUCCCACCCCACAGAGACCUGCCAGGAUGAUCCUCCCACCCUGUCCCCCCCCACAGAGACCUGCCAGGAUGAUCCUCCCACCCUGUCCCACCCCACAGAGACCUGCCAGGAUGAUCCUCCCACCCUGUCCCACCCCACAGAGACCUGCCAGGAUGAUCCUCCCACCCUGUCCCACCCCACAGAGACCUGCCAGGAUGAUCCUACCACCCUGUCCCACCCCACAGAGACCUGCCGGGAUGAUCCUCCCGCCCCCCACCCCCCCCCAGAGAGACCCGCCAGGAUGAUCCUACCACCCUGUCCCACCCCCAGAGACCUGCCAGGAUGA